AUGUCUUGGUUAUUUAAUAAAGCUUAACAGCCAGCACAAUAACCUAAACUCCCCUCAAACUUUGCAGAGAAAGUCUUAAACUUAGAAUUAGAUGUUGAAUCAAAUGCUGCUUCAAAAGAAGAAAUUUAAGAGCUAUUAUAAUUAUAUAGUGUAAUCUGAUCUACUAAUCUAGUAAGCUGUAGAGCACUAUUCUUCUAUCAAAUCUGAAAGAUACACUGUUUUUACCAAUAAAAUUCAAGCAUUAUUGAUGAAACCCUAUGUGAAUAAAAUGUUUGGAGCAGAAAUCAAACAAGAAUCCAAAUAAAUUUAAUAACAACAUGUGCAAAAGGAAUAAAUCAAAAACAACAUAUAAUUCAUCUAAUAAAUGGAUAGUAAUAAAUAAGUCUAAUAGAUGAUGACGGCUGCUAUUGAUGAAAAAAUUAAGAAAGAAAAUAUAAUUGCUGAUGACUUUAAAAUGUAAGACCACAGAGUCCAAUAAAGGAUGUUAAAGCGAAUUAAAGUAUGUAAUCAGUAUUACCCAAAUUAAGGAUCCUUCAAAGUAUAACUUAGCCAUCUCUAAAAGCACUUCUCUUAGCCAUUUAAAGUUGAACAUUGAAUCCUAAAGUCAAUAAUCAAAUCUACCAGAUGCCUUGGAAUCAGGAUAAGAAAUCAGAUCUGAUCCAGUAUUAGAUAAUAAGUAUUUGGAGACUGCUGCAUAAUAGUAAUUCCCUGAUUUCAUUAAAAAUGAUGUUGAUUAAGAUGAACAAUAAUAGCAAACUUAAAAUCUUGAAACUCAAAAUAGAAAUCCAGAAAAUGAAGAAAUUAGCCUGCCAAUUAAGCCAUCUUAAAUUAAGGAUUAACUUUAUUCAUAUUUUAAUGAUGAUCCCUAACCUAUAGAUCAACAAAAUUGGUCUCUUUAAUUAGGAGAUCUUUCUCAUCCUAAAUCAAAAAAAGUGAGAGAAAUGGUAAACAAAAACAAGGAAUUAAUAAAGUAAAAAAAAGAGCUAAAUAACAUGUUACCAUGUUGA